AUGACUGCGGACGCCUGCUCGUCCUUUCCCCUGUGCCCCAAACACUGGCAUUCCAUAGGGAUUUGGAAAGAGCGUGAAGUCACAACAACAACAACCACAACAACAACAACAACCACCACAACCACAACAGCAACAGCAGCAACAGCAACAAGACCGAAGAAGAAGAAGAAGAAAAAGAAGAAGAAGAAGACGACGACGACGAUGACGACAGGCCGGGCCCUCGAGGCCUUUGAUGAAGGAGUGGCCGCUGCUGCGGCCGGCGACGAGAGGACUCGUCGCCGGGCACGUCGGGCCCUUGUCCGGGCGUGUCAGGAGGAGGAGCGGAGGGUGGAGAGGGAGGAGGAGAGGAUAGAGAGGCGGAGGGAGAGGGAGGAGGCGGCGGCGGCGGCGGCAGAUGCUGCUGCCGUACGGACGAGGGAGCUGGCGGUGGCCAACCGCGAGGCGGAGGUGGAGGCGGCGGAGGAGGCCGUGGAGAUGCGGGAGGAGGAGGUGACGGCGCGGGAGGACGCCGUGGCCGUGCUCCUGGCCGCGUACGACCAGGAGCAGAUGGCCCCUGGUGGUGAAGAGGGGGAUGACGAGGCCGAGCAAUGGCUCUCAUAA